GAAGAUCUGUCAGGUUUCACCCGAAUGGGCUGCCCGCGCGAUAUGAUGUCGGUGUAAAAGUGUGAAUUUUUCUUUCAGAAUGUUGAAGAUUCCAAGAACUCUCCACCGACGAAAGGAUGCCACCUGCCUCUUUCAAGCACUAUUUUACCAUGCAAGAUCGGGAGUUUUCGGAUUUAAGGCAAGACAAUCACAAGAAAGCAACGAUUUUGCACCCACUGUGGACCAGCUGCGGAACCGGACUGAGAACGCCAAUGUGUUCCGUCUUGUGGAGGCGUACAGACAGUUCGGGCACAAAAAGGCGAGACUAGACCCCCUGGGGAUUACACAGAUUGGAGAUCCCCCGGAACUCAGCCUGAGCCAGUUUGGGCUAACCCCAAACCAGACUGUGGCCAGUCUUGAUGGAAUAUACAAUGGCAGUCAGGGGCAGAUAACUGUGUCAGACCUCAUCACACAACUGGAACACACCUACUGCAGCCAUGUUGCUGGCGAAUUUUCACAUCUACAGACUGAAGAGGAAAGAAACUGGUUUGCUGCUGCCAUGGAAACCAAAGGUCACAUGUCACUCCAGGCAGAUAGACGGGUUGACCUUGCCAAACUAAUGCUUCGAUGUCAGGCGUUUGACCAUUUUCUGGCCAACAAGUUCACCACGGUGAAGCGCUAUGGAGGAGAGGGCGGGGAGAGCAUGAUGGGAGUUUUUGAUGAGGUGUUCCGAAAAAGUGCUUCAAAUGACAUGUCAGAUGUUGUGCUCUGCAUGCCCCAUAGAGGGCGCCUCAACUUUCUGACGUGCAUGCUAGACUUCCCGCCAGUUCUUCUGUUCAGAAAGAUGCAGGGGAAGACUGAACUUCCCGAAGGUGCAAAGGGGACUGGAGAUGUCUUGUCACAUUCAUAUACAUCCGUGGACCUGGAACAUGGCGGCAAGUCGGUCCACGUGUCGAUCAUCCCCAACCCAUCACAUCUGGAGGCUAACAACCCUGUUGCUGUAGGCAAGACAAGGGCGAAGCAGUUGUACGUCGGGGAGGGGGACUACGCCCCGGGGGAUGAGGGGCAGGCGGGGGAGAAGGUUCUCUGUGUACAGGUGCAUGGGGACGCCUCGUUUACAGGUCAGGGAAUAGUGGCAGAAACGUUUUGUAUAGCGGAGUGUCCUCACUACCGCGUCGGCGGCAGCAUACACCUCAUCGUCAACAACCAGAUCGGCUUCACCACCGAGUCCCUGCUGGGCAGGUCCUCCAAGUAUGCCAGUGACCAGGCCAAGAUCAAUGGCUACCCAGUUCUUCAUGUCAAUGGAGAUUCCCCGGAGGAUGUUAUACGAGCCACUGCUAUAGCCAUGGAUUACCGACACAAGUUCCACAGAGACGUCAUCAUUGAUCUCAUUUGUUUCCGCAAGUGGGGUCACAACGAGAUAGACGACCCGACCUUCACCCAGCCGAUCAUGUACCACGCUAUCAACUCUCGAAGUAGCAUUCCCGAUCUCUAUGCUAAACAACUGGUGUCUGAGGGUGUCUGUAAGAGUGAAGACUUAGACACUGUGGUACAGACAUGGAACUCCACAUUGUUAGCUGACCUAGCCAAGGCAGACUCUCAUGUUGUACAGCCGAAGCACCUACAGAAACAGUGGUCCCAUCUUGUACAGGCGUCCGACUCCAUCACGACCUGGGACACGGGAGUACGCAGCGACGUCCUCAAGUUUGUGGGUGCCAUGUCUGUACAUAUUCCAGAACAUGUGAAAGUGCACCCAACCAUCCAGAAGAGCCACGUUGAGCGACGGCGACAGAGGAUGGUGGACGGAGCAGCGCUGGACUGGUCAGCAGCCGAGGCCCUCGCGAUGGGCUCACUCAUCUAUCAAGGUUACAAUGUUCGCAUCAGUGGUCAAGAUGUUGGACGGGCGACAUUCAGUCAUCGUCACGCCAUGAUAGUCGACCAGGAGAACGACAGUAUCUACAUACCCCUCAACCACAUGACAGACAGUCAGUCGGCUCACCUGGAGGUUGCUAACAGCGCCCUCACAGAGGAGGCGGUCCUGGGCUUCGAGUAUGGUUUCAGUAUGGAGAACCCCAACACUCUGGUCAUCUGGGAGGCCCAGUUUGGGGACUUCUUUAAUGGAGCCCAGUCUAUCAUAGACACCUAUAUAUCAAGUGGAGAAGACAAGUGGUUGCUACAGAAUGGUCUUGUAAUGCUGCUGCCUCACGGCAUGGAUGGCGCCGGCCCUGAACACUCCUCCUGCCGCAUGGAGAGGUUCCUACAGAUGUGUAGCAGCCAUGAGGACGGCAUUGACGGCGACCACGUCAACUUCCAGGUGGCCAACCCCACGACACCAGCCCAGUACUUCCAUCUCCUCCGCAGACAGAUGGUUCGUAAUUUCCGCAAGCCUCUAGUCAUGGUGGCGCCAAAGGUUCUCCUUCGACUGCCUGCAGCAACCUCAUCUCUCGCUGACAUGGCGCCCGGCACCAACUUCCUGCCAGUUCUUGGUGACCCCAAGGUCAAGGCUGACUCGGUGACGAAGGUCAUAUUUGUCUCAGGAAAGCACUACUACACACUGGUCAAGGAGCGAGAAACAAGAGGACUUGAUAAUGUCGCUGUAGUAAGGCUAGAGAGUCUGUGUCCAUUCCCUGCUGAAGAACUUAGGGCUGAGAUAAAGAAAUACUCCAAGGCUUCAGAGUUUGUGUGGAGCCAGGAAGAACACAGGAACAUGGGAGCCUGGACCUUUGUAGCGCCUCGCUUCCAGAACAUCGUCGGAGUCCAGUUGAAGUAUGCCGGUAGAUGCAACCUUGGCGUGCCAGCCACCGCCAUCGGAGAGAUUCACAGGCAGGAAUCAGCUGCCAUCAUCGAGCAAACGUUUCAGUAGACAGCAGGCGUAGCAACUUGAACAAUCAAUGUACAAAUCAGACAUGGGUUGUAAGUUGACUGACAAUGCUUUAAGAAUAUUUUGUGAUCAACACAGUGUGGUGUCGUGAAGGACCGUACAAGGUUAUUACCCCCCGCCAUGAAGUGGAAGGGGGAUAUAGGAAUGGGUGCUGUCCAUCCAUCCAUCCUUCCAUCCGUCCGUCCGACCAUCACGUUUCGUUUCCGGAGCAAAAUUAAAAAAACAUGAGAGAUAUCUUAACCAAAUUUGGCAUAUGGAUAGGUCUAGUUGUGAACUGGUGCCUUUUGAUAGUUUUGGAUUUUUUUUAAAUUUAUUUUUCAAGUUUCCAUGGCAACGACUUUGACUUAGGCUGAAAAUGGCGGUAGUGCUCGUAUCCUGGACAGAUCUUGAAAACCAUACAUUAUUUCUAGACAUGCACACACCCGGACAUGUCAUAUUGGCGGGGGAUAUAAGUAUUUCAAACUUGUUAUUCUACAUGGGAGGUAAUAAUUGCAGUGUCAUGGUGUCUCAUCCAUCCAUCAGUGGAAGGCAGCUAAUUGUGGAUUUGGUGGACAAAAUAGCAGCUGGGGAUGCAUAGGUAGUGCUUUGGAGGGGACACCACCUGGGAGUGUUUGCUUGUUUAAUGCCGCACUCAGCAAUAUUUCAGCUAUAUGACGGCAGUCUGUAAAUACCCUGGAGCAGACUAUCCAGUGAUUAACAUCAUGAGCAUCGAUCCACGCAAUAAGGAUACGAUAACAUGCAUCAACCAAGUCAGCAAGACUGAUCACCCGAUCCUCGUUAGUUGCCUCUUACAACAAGCAUAAUCCCCUCCUAUGACAAGCAUGGUCAUAGGACCCAGAAACAAACUUGCAUCGCCAAUUCUGUAUGGAGGAGGGAUGUCAGCUUUCUUCAAUGGUUUGGCUUCAUUUCUUGACCUUGAUUUGGACAUUUUGAUUUUAAUGAAAGAAAACACCAAUAUUCCUUCGGUGGUACUCCCUUUUGGUGUAAAUCAAAUGGCACUCAGAAAAGACAGGGCAUAUCAAUAUCCACAAUACAAUGGCACAGCCUUUUUUUAUUUCCAUUCAGAACUGUCCAUUUAUGAUAACUUUUGAGAACAAACAUGUUGCUCUGAAUGCUUAGCUCACUCAUACCGAGAAUUUAGAAGUCUCAACGAUGAUUGUCUCAUUAGAAAGUUCGCCUGAGGUAGUUUUCUAUGGUGUUGUCAGAUCUUGAUGCAGAGACAUAUUGUAUCAGAGUGAAAGAUGGGUUUUAUAGAAAUUAAUUGAUCUGAAAUUGGCAAUCUCUGGCAAAAAAUACUUACUGUUCUAUCUUAGUUGAAAUCCCAAUAGGGAUACAUUAUGUGAAGGGCAUUUGGUCUCUCACUGGGGUAUUGUGCCGGAAAUGUCUUGAAACUUUGGUGCAUAUUGUUUGUUUUAAAAGAAAAGGUAUGUAGCUAUAUUUAAUGAAGUAUUUGUUUUGUUGAUCAUAAAUGCUUGUUUCUAUAUACACAGAUCAUUUGUUUUUAUCAGUGUUAAAAUGGUAUUCAGAUAGCUUUAAUGUUAUACAGUUAAACUCUGUUAGUCUGGAUGUUACCACUCCAAAUGAAUUCAUCUGACUACCAAAGAUUGGGAUUAAUAAUAGUUACAGUUUAAUACUCUCAGACAUUCCUAACAGACAACAGGUGUCCUGAUUAACAGGGUUUAACUGUAUAGAGAACAUGAAUCUCUGUGAUUUGUAUAAUAGAGAUAUUGCCUGACAGUUCUGCAAAGUAUAACUGCGACCAUUAACAUUAACAAUUUGGGUGGAAAAUGGUGAGGUCAGGUGAAAUGGGGUUUAACAUAUCAUCCAAGAUUAUUGCACUUUAUAGAGACGUGCAUGCACACGUGUGUGUGUGAGUGUGUGUGUGUGUUUGUGUGGGUGUGGCUGCUU